AUGGAAGGCUCCGGCGAUUCCGACGUUGCCACCUCCUCUGACGGCGAGUCGUCCUCUGGCGAGAGUGUGAAGCUGCUGGAGAACCUGUCGGCGCUGGCGGAGGCGGUGGACGCGCCGCCGCCAGAGCAACCCACCAUCUGCUGCAUGUCCGGCUGUGCCAACUGCGUCUGGAUCGAGUACGCCGAGCGACUGGCGGCGCACUACCGCGACGGCGGCGAGGCCGGCCGGCGCGCCAUCGAGGCUAAUGUGACCGACCCCAGUCUUAAGGCCUUCCUGCUGCUGGAGCUCCGCACCCGGUGA